GCAGCCGCAACUCUACUCCGGACUUAUGGUUUUAUUUCGUUGAAUUAGUUCCUUAAACACUGACAUAGCUUCUUCGAUUUGCGAUGAGACAAGGUGACAGGCCAAGUACAAACGCAAAAUCUGCCCAGGAACAAUUUCGAACGCCGAACAAGCCUCCUGUAUCAAGUUCUUCCACCACCUCUAGUGCGCGAAGAGGGACAGCAACAUCAAAAAAGCAAAGUGGGACUCCAACAUCCUCAGCCUCAGCGUCUAAGCCUUGGAAAGGCAACUUGCUUUCCAGGGAUCAACCUACACUUACACAGAUUGACUUUGUGACGCCGAGGACACAAAACGCCGAAUCCGAUGAUGAUGACAAUCUCGAUUACAUCGAUAAAGCCGCUCAAGAUAAUAACACGGAUAGUCGCCAGGUGAUCGAGAUAGAUGACAAUUCCGAUGACGAUGCUAGUUAUCAACCAACCUCAUAUAUACGGGCACGGCGUACCGGAGACGCCAAACGAAGACCAGAUGCUGCGCGCAAUGCAUCGGUGCUGAGAAGGAGUACAGGUCAAGCUGGCUCAGCUGAAAAGCGACCCGGAAGGAAGAGUAUCGAAAGUGUCAAGGGCAACAAGAAGAAGACGGAGAAGCAGCAAAAGGACAAGACACUCACUCAGAUGGAUUACGUGCGGCGUUACCUGAAGAUCGAGCCUGAUGAUGAAGUCAAGCUGGAGUACACCUAUAUCACUCCGAAGAAGAAUGAUAGCCAGAGAGUCGAAGGAAAACUGCCUUGUGGGCUUGAGUCUGCGCCCACUGUGGUGGCCACCGCCCAAGAGUCCUUAAGCUCAAGCAAGAAGAGGAAGCUGGAGGCUGAGGAGGACAUGAAAGAAGUCUUGUCCAGGACUUCGACAACGGAAAAGAAAGUCUUGAAAGAAAGCCCGAAGACGCCACGAAAACUAUGGAAAUCUGAAAUACCUUCCUCUCAGUCACCCGAAAGUCCUGGAAUUGCGAUAAUUUCAUCAUCACAGUUUCGAAACGCUACUCGAUCACCUCCCAACCUUGACUUUUCAACUAAGCCCACCUCUACCAUCAACGAAUCACCUAGUUUGAACCAGACAAAUGCAAUCGCCACACAGCUAUCAAUAUCUGAAGAUCAAUUGCCGCCGAUCAUGAUGCCCGAUUUUGAAUCGCCGUCCGAGCUGGGAGUUGAUAAGGAAACGAAUCUUGAUGUCGAAGAGACACAGUCAAAUUCAGCAAAGGGACCAUCCGCAUCCGCAUCCGAGUUGGAGGAGAAACCGGAACCUGACAAACCUCCACCGAGUACGGAGAGAACAGUAGUUUAUGAAACGGACGCCGAAACGGACUACAGUGAUGAUGGGCCAAUAGUGUCUGGGUCGAAUGACGAGCCGAAUGCGAUGCUAUUUGAGAAUGAAGACGACGAAGACGAAGACGAAGACAAAUCACCACUCAGUGACUCCCAAGACCUCCCUCCACCUAUAUCAUAUCCUGGCUUGGAGGAUGAUCCUGGGCCUUUACAAUCUGAAACCAAUCUGUCGUCCGAGGCAUCAAUAUUAUAUCAAAGGCGACAGCCUGCCACUCAAUUCCCACUAGAACCCAUACCUACGCUGAGCACUCAGAAGCUGGCGGAGCUUUUCCCACAGGAAUCCAGCAUUCAGCAAACCAUGACCGAGCCAUUGUGUACCAAGUCAUCCGCUCGCAAGGUUCAGGCAUUAUCUGAUCCCUCCUUGCAGACGCAGACUCAAAGCCAAACUCAAGACCCCGGCAGGUAUUCGACGGAGAUGAUCCCGGAAUCCUCGCCCGUCACGCGGCACGGAGACUACGCGAGUGCAGGUGAUGCUAUACUCCCUCAAAACCGUGCUCAGAGUGUGGUGCAGGUGGAGUCUUCGCAAAUAGUGGAUCGCCUCAAAAGGCAGGCUGAUCCAGACGAAGAUUCUCGUCCUAGGGGAAUGCUGUCCCGCAGCCAGCUUCUCACCUCCAGUGUCAUGGAGAGUGUUCCUGUGCCGGGCUUCUGGAUGGGCAGUCAGGACAGCGUUGGAGAACCCUACAGCUUGACAGAUACAUAGUAUAUAACUUAACGAUGAAUUAUGAAAUGCAC